AUGAUAAAAUUAAAGUUAUUUAAAUUUAAUACAGCAAUAUGCUAUUCAAAAUUUGGGAUUUUUAAAAGAUAUAAAAGCCAUAUAAAUUCUGUGUCAAUUUUACAGCAAUUUUAUAAUAGAUUACCAAUACGAAAAAAAUAUAUAAAAGCAAUAAAAAAGGGAACAUUAAUUUGGGAUAAAGGACAAGUAAAAAUUCCUCCCUUAAAAAUAGAAGGAUAUGACCCACCUAAAAAAUGUUUAUCUCCAUUGAGUAAAAAUAGAAAUAAUCAAUAUAGAGGAAGAUUUGAAAACUUAAGAUCACAUCGUGUAGAAUUCCAAGACUAA